UAUGAAGAAAAAUAAUAUUUUAAGUUAUGUAAAUUUUAAUUACUUAAGUAAUAGUGGUGGAAUGUGGCUUAGUUGGCUAAAUAAUUGUUUUGAAUACGAAAUAAUUUCUAUAUAAUAAAUAGCGUAUCAUGUAAACCAGGAACAACACUGUUAAGUGCACUACAGUCAUUCAAGGCUUAACAGAAAUUAUUGAAUUUGGCCUAGCCUUUUAGAUAAAGUGUUUCAAAGGUAUGAGCGUGGGAUUGUGUACACUCGUGUAGGCUUUUUGAGAAUCACUGUUUUUACAUUUAUGUAUCUCCUAGAUAUAUUGCACUAUGUGCUUACAUAAAAAUUUCCUCAGCUCUGUAGUUGAGGUAGUACUUGGUAGAGAAUAUGAUAAGCACUAUUUUCAGCAAAUUUAAAGUUUUAUCUCAAUGUUUAAUUUUUCAAAUACACUAAGUAUUAAUUGUUGUAUAUUUUGACAGAAUUAAUAAUUUUGUAUUCCUGAUACAAUAAAGAGACGAUAAUUUUAAAACUGUGAUGGAAGCAUACAAAAAAUAUUGCAUAACCUUGCUUACAUCUUAGUUACAAUGAUUGAUUUUUCUUUUUUUCCCUAGGGAUGAGUUAGAUGAUAACAUUUCCUCCAAAAACAUGGCAUUAGUUAUACCUAUCAUUGUUACUGCAUAAAUUUUGAUACAUGGAGUAGAUAAUGUAACUGAAGUAUUGCAUCUUGGCUCAGUGUCAUCACAAGACUCUAAAUUACUGUAAUUUAAAAAUUUAUCUUCUGUGUUUUCUCUAAUGCCACACUGUUAAAGCUGUUAACUUUCUUCUUGUUGUCCUGCACAAAAAAUAGUGAACUGUAGCAUCCUGAUAGCUGGGAAAAAAUAUGAUAAUUAGCCGGAAAUUAUUAAAAUGUAGCAGUGAUAUUAUUGAUAAGCGUUUCAGGCUUGCUUCAAAGACUGAAUCUGUAGGGACAGCUGUAUUACCAUAGAAGACUUCUAGUCAGAUCCAUAUGGAGUAGUUCACAAUCUCCGUAAAUACACAGUAUGGGAAGGAGUCUCUUACAGGAUUGCAUGGGGUAAUGUUUUAGAUACUGCUCAUGGUAACUCUGAGGAGAAUCUCUGUUUAAUGGUGAUCAUAGGGUGUCCUAGCCACCUUUUUAACUUAAGCUUUACCACUAAUAUUUAGCAUCAGUAUGGUUUUGUCUUCAUCAUGUAAACCUGUGAGAAGUUUUCAGGAGCCAUUCUGAUAAUGAGGAUCGCGGUCUCCAACCAGCACAAUAUUCUCAGUUUGCCUCCCUGCUGUUCAGGGGGUACCAGUGAAGUUGCUUUAAAUGGGAAGCGUCUGUUCUUCCUCUGAGCCCCUCACACCAGAACAGAUGGGUGGAACUUGGAACAUGGAAGGUUUUACCUCAGAGGUGGUAACAGUGAAGCCACUCAUUAACACUGAAUUUACCACUUCGUUAGCAACGUUGCUUCCUGUUGAGAAAAGCUAAUACAGGCUCUCAAAUUGACUGAGCACACUUUCAUCUACCUCUCCAAUAAUAAAACAAGGAAAACACACAUCUUAGAGGGAAAAUGGAAAAAAGGAUGUCCAGAGUGGUCCUCCUUGAUUUCGAUAAAGGACCAUUGCAGGGAGCCAUGGAUAUUAGUUUAUAAAUAUACUUAAUGGACAGACCAGCAAUAUGGAUGAUUUAGAGAUAAAUACUGAAGUCUCUGGUGCUAAAGAGGAAGAAAUCCUAUGUGAUGAUAAUUUCAUAUCUGAGGAAGAAGGUGGCAUUCCUAAACCACAAGAGAGCGACACGUCAUUUCAGAAGAACAACACAUUGACUCUGCCUGAGGAGCUAUCAAGGGACAGAUCUGAAAAAGCCUUAAGUGGAGGCCAGGCUUCUCUAUUUAUACACACUGGUGCUCCUACUGUUUCUAGUGAAAACUUUAUGUUGUCUAGAGGAACUGCUGUUAAUGGACCAGUUUCACACUCCACCUCAACAAAGACUUCCAUUAUGAAUAAAGGCAGUGUUUCAUUAACCACUGGACAGCCUGGAGGUCAUCACACAGAUUCCUGCUCAACUUUGACAGUGGUUCAUGAUCUUCAGCUGCCUGCAAAGAGUACAACACAGAAAUCAAAUCAGCACCAAGUUUUAUUUUUGUUACCUGAUGUAGCACAUGCUAAGAACCUGACUCAUUCCAUUAAAAAUCUACCUACCUCUGCUUCAAUUGGUUGUGAUUCACAGAAAACAGUAGGAAAUAGUGUAGACAGCACUUUAGUAGGCCAAGUAGAAGUUUGUGAGGAUGAUAAAAAUUUACUAUUAAAAGAUGAUUGUGUUGAUACAUUAACAGGCAUUUCCUCAGGUACAGGUGGUUUUGGAUCGGGAUGUGAUCCCAGCUGGGAUCCACAAAAAGAGUUUAUACAGUUUCUUAUGACAAAUGAAGAAACAAUAGAGAAGUCUCCCAUUCACUGUAAGGUAGGGCUAGAAAAAAAACGAAAAAGGAAAAUGGAUGUUAGUAAAAUAACACGCUAUACUGAAGACUGUUUUGAUGAUACCAGUUGUAUUCCUAGUAAGUCAAAACUAUUAAAUGUUGAAUUCUUAGAGCAGAAUGAGGAGCUACAAAUAGUAGAACCACAGAAAUACUCAUUGAGUAAAGUAAAGCCUGAAUCCACAGAUGAAGAGCUGGAAACUGUUGAUGCUAUCCAGCAGCUCAUUUAUAGUCCCAGUAGUAAUUGUGCAGAAGAUACUUCUCCUGUUCACACUAGCACUUUUCUUUCCAAUACUUUGAAAAACAAAUGUGAACAGAAUGAUUCUGAAUCACCAUCUACUUUCAGUACUGAUGAACCAUCAUUUUAUCCCUGUACAAAGUGCAAUGUGAAUUUUAGAGAGAAGAAACAUCUGCAUAGGCAUAUGAUGUACCAUUUAGAUGGGAACAGUCAUUUCCGACAUCUCAAUGUCCCCAGGCCUUACGCAUGUAGGGAAUGCGGAAGGACAUUUCGAGAUCGUAAUUCACUUCUUAAACAUAUGAUAAUUCACCAGGAAAGAAGGCAGAAACUGAUGGAAGAAAUUCGUGAGCUGAAAGAACUUCAGGAUGAGGGUAGGAGUGCACGGUUACAAUGCCCGCAGUGUGUAUUUGGUACCAAUUGUCCCAAAACGUUUGUGCAGCAUGCAAAGACCCAUGAAAAAGAUAAAAGAUAUUACUGCUGUGAGGAAUGCAAUUUCAUGGCUGUGACAGAAAAUGAACUGGAAUGCCAUCGAGGGAUUGCUCAUGGGGCAGUAGUCAAAUGUUCAAUUAUUGGUAGCGACAUAUCCCAGAGGAAAACCCAGAAAAAGGCAUCCUUGAAAGAUCCCUAUUUAGGAUCCUCAAGAAAGUCAUCGACGUAUAUGUGUAAGAUGUGUCCAUUUGCUACUUCAGCUAGAAGCAUUUUGAAAAAACACAUGGCGUAUUUGCAUCCAGCAUCAUGCAUUGAUCCCUUUGGUAGCCAUCUUAGACUACAGAAGAGAAAAGGCAGCAUAAUAGAAGAGUCUUUAGGUUUUGGUAGCAGGACAAAACAGUUGAUCAGACAUUCUUCUACUUUUCCAAAGAACUCAGCUUUAAAACAGGAUGUAAAAAGAUCAUUUGGCUCUACUUCACAGUCCAGUAACUUCACAAAACUUCACAAGAGACCCUACAGGAUACAGAAGGCUCGGAAAAGCGUUUCACAGUCAUCUGUAAGUGUGUGCAAUCUAAAUUCUACAAACAAGAACUUUUUGAUUAGAAAUAGCAUUGACCAAAAACGUAAAUGUUUUCAUCAAGCAGCAAAGCAGAAAGCUAGUGCCAAAAAAAGUGGUAAUUAUUUAUAUAGACACAGAUAUGAAAACUACAGGAUGAUUAAAAAAUCUAAUGACUCUUAUCCUUUGCAUUUAAAAAAGGAAGAGUCCAAAUCUGUCAGUGCUUUACAUUUAUUUUCUUCAUCAAGUAGUCCCCGUAAUAGUUGUUUUGUCAUGGAUUCAAAUAGCCUUGAUUGCAAAAGGGCAGAAGGCUGUAAAGAUCGUAGGCAUGUAGGUGUAAAAAGAGUGAUUAAAGAAUCCAAGAGGGAAGGCUCUGUUACAGAUGAUUUGGAUUGCUAUCCAGAUUUUCUGCAUAAAAUGACUGUUGUUGUUUUACAGAAACUUAACUCUGCUGAAAAAAAAGACAGCUAUGAAACGGAGGAUGAAAGUUCAUGGGAUAAUGUUGAACUAUGUGAUUACACUACACAGUCUGUGGAGGAUGAAUCUUACAGUGAUAUUAAUCAGGAGCAUGUAAACCUAUUCCCCAUAUUCAAAGGUAAAAUGGAAGAUAAUGAAGCUGGUGAUAAAUCUUCACUUGGUUAUGAGCAGAAUGAUGGCUUUUAUUUUGAGUAUUAUGAAGAUGCUGAGGGUAGUAACUUCUUGCAUGAUUUGCAUGAUCCUCAGAAUUUAGAAAAUGUAGGAUCAGCAUUGCCAAAGCAUAAUUCAGUUUUCCACUGGACUGAUUUGUCGCUUGAAAAGAAGUCCUGCCCAUACUGUCCAGCAACAUUUGAAACAGGUGUUGGCUUGUCCAAUCAUGUCAGAGGACAUCUUCACAGAGCUGGACUAAGCUAUGAAGCCCGACAUGUUGUUUCACCAGAACAGAUAGCAACAAGUGACAAAAUGCAGCAUUUUAAAAGAGCUGGAACAGGAACUCCUGUUAAACGUGUUAGAAAAGCAAUUGAAAAAUCUGAAACUUCCUCUGAGCAUACAUGUCAGCUCUGUGGAGGCUGGUUCGAUACUAAAAUUGGAUUGUCUAAUCAUGUGCGAGGACACCUGAAGAGGCUUGGCAAAACCAAGUGGGAUGCACACAAGUCUCCGAUCUGUGUUCUGAACGAGAUGAUGCAAAAUGAAGAGAAGUAUGAAAAAAUCCUGAAGGCUUUGAACAGUCGCCGCAUUAUUCCCAGGCCGUUUGUUGCUCAGAAAUUUGCAUCAAAUGAUGACUUUUUAUCUCAGAAUGUUAUACCUCUUGAAGCAUACCAUAAUGGCCUAAAGACUGAAGAUAUAUCUGUGUCUGCAUCGGAGGAAGAAGGGCUGAGUUUCCUAAACGAAUGUCAUGAAACAAAAGCAGUACUACAUGAUGGCAAAAAAAAUCAGUCACUUACACUGAUAGAACUCCUGAAAAACAAGAGGUUAGGAGAAGAAAGGAAUCCUGAUAUUUCCCCUCAAAAGAUUCAUAAUCAAACUGCAAGAAAGAGGUUUGUUCAGAAAUGUGUUCUUCCAUUAAAUGAAGACAGUCCAUUGAUGUAUCAGCCACAAAAAAUGGACUUGACUAUGCAGUCAGCUUUAGACUGUAAGCAAAAGAAGUCAAGGUCAAGAUCUGGAAGCAAGAAGAAAAUGCUGCCGUUACCUCAUAGUGCUGAUGAAGUUUACAUACUCAGAUGCAGGUUUUGUGGUCUGGUCUUUCGAGGACCUCUGUCUGUUCAAGAAGACUGGAUAAAGCACUUGCAGCGACACAUUGUCAACGCAAAUCUUCCACGGACUGGAGCUGGCAUGGUUGAAGUCACAUCACUACUUAAAAAGCCUGCUUCAAUUACUGAAACUUCAUUUUCUUUACUGAUGGCAGAAGCAGCAUCAUAGAACAAGGAAACAUUUUAAAUUUUAAUUGGGUGUAAAUUUGAAAUACUUCAUCAUUUUUUAAGAUAAAUUGCUACACUAAAUUAUGUUUAUAAAUGCUAAAGACAGAAAAAUAGAGGAGGAUUACAGUAACAUCAAAAUAAAUUGAAUACUUAACAGUUACAGUAAGUAGUCUUUAUAUUUUAUAUAGGGUGGAAGAUGUGUUUUUAAGGUUUAUUAUGUUUUUGUCAGUUACUGUGUUCACUAUCAAUACAAGACCAUUAUAUGUAUGGCAGCCAUUUUUAAAUUGUUGCACAUGGGUACUUAAAAGACAGAUUUUAAUAAAACAAAGAAACCACGUUCUCUUCAGUGUUACCCAAAUCAAGGCUCUGUUUAUUCCAAAAAGAAUUACAUAGUAAAAUAAGAUACUAUUAUAUUUUGUUUGUAUGUAUGUAGUGUUUUGUAUAAUACCAAGAACUGCUAAUACAAUUUACUCAACUUAGGGCAUUAAAUACCAUGUACUUCAUAGUUCAAGAGACUGUUUCGUUCCAAUAGGGCAAUUAGUACUAUUCUAUCUAGGUGUGUAAGUGUUUUUUUUAAAUCACAUGAGGCUUUUUGUACUAAAAAGUGGAGGGAAACUUGUUUAAACAAAUUUCUAAGAGAAAUAUGUACAUAAUACUGGAAAUUUGUGGUAAGGAAAUAUUCUUUACUUCAGUUGCAUUUCUCACUGACAAUAAAGUGGUGCAUCCAUGCUACCUCCUACUUGUCAACAAAGAUGGUAUUUACCCUUAUGUUUUUGUAUCAUAGUAGAUUCAAUCCAACUUUCUUUAUUACAAAGCAUCUUUUUGUUAACAAGUUUGUUACUUUUAUGAUGAUUUACUUAAAGUCUGACUUGCUUACAGAAGUUUGCCUCUACUAUUUUAUUUAACACUGUAGAAAUGUACUAAUAAGCAUUGCUCACUACACAGUUAGAGUAGACUUUUCAUUUAUAAUUCUGUUUAAAAGAUUGAUCAUUUUAGAAAAUUCGAACACAGAUUGAAUUGUUUCUACAUAUGAAGAGAAUGUUUACAACUUAAAUUUUAGAGCUUGUUUUGGAUGUGAUUAUAUGUAUGAAAACUGUAACACUAUGCUCAUGCUAAGGACCUACUUACAGAAUUAUUGAAAUAAAUGUGCUGUGAGGAUGGAAAUAUGGUGCAGGUGUCUUGGUCAUGAUAAAUUGUGUUUGUUCAUUUAAACUGUCUUCAAAACAUGACUUUUGUUUAAAUCAAAUUAGAUUCCUCUACAAAUCAAUUUUGUAUGCAAGUAACAUUUCAUUUUACUCAUAUAGGGUAACAUACUGUAGUUAAGCCAAGGAUAUGCAUUGAUAUUUUCUUUAUAUGUAAAUAAAGUUAAAAGCAGUUAAAGCAAGAGGAGUAUUUUGGUAGAGUAUAUACAUACCUCACUGCCAGUGAAAUUGCUUUCCUAUGGUAUAUCUCCUUACCAGAAAAAUCUCUAAAUAAAAAGGUUUAAAGAAAAUCUAAAUGUCUAUAAUGUGAAGCAUUUAUUUGCAUUGUGUGAAUUAAGUUUGUGAAAUUGAUUUGUCUUGCUUGAGAUUAGAAUCUUCACAUGAUCUUAAGUAAAAGUACAUUUACUUGCAAUAAACUGAAUUGUUCACAGACGCAUUACAUUUGAUUGGUGGAAAAUAUGAAUAAAUGUCUGUCUUCCUGGGUGCACGGAGUUUAGAGUUAACACAUGAGGCUUGUUAAUGUUCUGAUAAAAUAGAUGGGCUGAAAAUGCACAGCUCUACAGGACAGAGUCCUCAGAUAUGGCCAUCCUAACUCUUCAAGGCUGUCAUUAAAUUAGUGCUAUCAGGUGUUUAACUGUACAAAUUGCUAUAGCUAAGUUUAGCUUUCUUGUCAGAAUUUAUUCUCUUAUAACUGGAAAAUCUACAUUGUUACAUUUAAAGGCUGGAGGAAAAAAUACUUUAGAGAUUUUAGAAAAGAUAACUGGGAUGUUGAAGUAUAUUGCAGACAAAUUAUGUGUAUGCAGACUAACAAAUUUCUAAAUUUGUGGAUGCUUGUGGGAUUUUUUUAUACGCUGUGAAAAUGGAAGAUUUAAAGCAAUGUGUUGAAGCAAAUAGAGGGAAGUGAUCAAAUCACCUUGAAUGUUUAUAAUGCUUUAAUAGAGUGCUUGUUUACCCUUCUCACCAAAAAAAGUGCUUGUGAGAGCACCAUAUUUUGUGGCUGUUUAACAAAUGAGCAAAUCAAUGAAGUGCAAAUGAUAUUUAUCUAGUAUUGUUAAGAAUGCUUGUAAGGUGAAGCCAUACCGUGCGGAAUUUUGCGUUAGCAAAAAACUCUUACUAGGUUAAUAAUAAUAAACCCCUAGUUCAUUCUAUUUAAUUCAUUAAACCCCAAUAGUGAGCUGCUUUGUGUAACGCUAAAAUGCAAGGUUGUGUGAAGAGCAGGGAGCUCUAGGGCUGGUAAGUUUCCAAAAUGAGAUUAUGUUGAUGAGGAGCAGAGUUUUCACUGACAGGCUGAGUGGGUGCACUGGAGCUGUAUGCUUGACUUAAAUCAGAUCCUUGCAAUAUAGUUUGAAAUAUAUGCAGAAGUUCUAGAACUCUUCUGAUUAUUGAAUUAAUUGCAUAUAUGGUUGAUACAAACUAAAUUAACUUUUAAAAUAAAAAAUCAGAGUACUCUUUAGCUGUCUUUAGCCUCUAGUCCUCAAGUGGGCCUAUUAAUUUUCUUGGUUUCUGUUGUUUGGAAAUACAGAUCUUCUGUCACUACUUUCAAGGAAAUAUAAAUGCCCCUUUCUGGACUUACAGAAAUUCUAAAUAAUGUGUUAGAAGAGGGUAAAUUAAGUCAGUUGCUUUGUGAUACCAAACUCAUGUUCUGUGGCUUGAGAGUCUCUGUGGCAGUCUGUGCUAAAGAGCUGGACUUCCAGGGUUGCACAUAGAAACACAAGUGUUAGUCUGUUCAGGUUGACUUAGAUUGCUUUGGGGUAAAGGCUGCAGUGGUGCAGUGAUUUUUGUUUGGUUGAUUUUGGUUCUUUAUCACAGUCUUACUUGUUUCUGAAGUUAUCCUAGUUUCUGGUAAAGGUCUCUUAAGUAGUAACCUCAGGAAAAUUACAAAAGAAUUUUCAGAAUGCUUAGAGAAGCCUUGGAAAUUGUAGAAGACCACCCCAUACACUUUUUGUAAAAUGAUUGCCUAUAUUCCCUAAUCGCAGUGAUAUUUCCAAAUUAUAUUCAAAAAUUAAAACUCUGUUGCGUUCCUUGAAAAGAUGUUUCUGCAGAAUGUUGGAAAGAUGAUUUUAAAGUGCCCGUGGUAGUGUGUUCAGGCUCUAUGCAUGGAAGGUGGAGGCAAGCAGACAACACGUGCUGGCUUACAGAGACCCCUGGGCAUUUACUGCUGUUUGCCGUGUCCUGCCGCACGUGGGUUGGAUGACCUGUGUGAGGUGCACUGUUCCCGUGAGCUGAGGCGGUCCAGCUCUGCCCACAGAUCAACUUCUGCUUCCUCAGGGCACGCCUUACCCAGCCAGCAGUGUCAGGAAAUGAGCUGCUGACUCGUUGAUGGAGAGGAAGCACUGAGCAGUGAUAGGUACCGGGAGCUGUGGGUGAGGGAGAGCGAGGGCCGGGCGUGCCAGAGAUGGGCACUGUAACAGUCGGGUGCAGGUCCUGGGCCACACGGUUUGUGUUUGAGCUGUGUGCCUGCGCAAAGUCCUGCCUUUUCAGCCACGCUCAGGGAAAUCAGCAAGGUCUUUGAGGUAAGUAGAUCACAGGAGGAACACGAGUUAUGAACUGGGGCUCAGAGAAGAGCAUCCAAAGUUCCAAAGGUCAGCGUCACAGGCCUGAGAUGGGAAGACGUGUUCCUGCAAAGCUUUUUUGACUGUGGUGUUUUUUCUGAGCUGGUUAUGGUUCUGGGUUUCCUGCAGUGCUUUAAAGAGGGGUUAUGCAUUAAAUCUACCUGAUUCUGAAAACCUACAGAAGAUAAAUUGGGCUGAACAAAUGAGGAAACAUUAACAGCAAAUAACGUGUACUGGCUUUUAACUUAAUGGUUAAGGGCUGUGAACAAAGCCUGUUUAGUUGAAUGCUAUGGUUAACAGACUUUUCCACUUUUUAUCACAGUAGUUAAAUGCCUGGAUACUUAAACACCAGUUUCAUAUUUUAAAAAUUGGUUUAUAUAGUUUUGAUUUUGUUUAAAAAAAAAUCUUUUUAGGGUGGUACUUAUUUAAAAAAGCUGACUGCAUUAUGAUUUCAGAUAUUUCAAUCCACCAUGCUUUGUAGGUGCUGUUGCCUGAUACAUGGGUAGCAAUUGUGAUGUAAUGGAAACAUUUGGCCAUAGUGCCAGAUUUGUAAUCUCUUGCAAUAAAAUGUUCCUUUUUAACA